AUGUUGAGCGAAGGCGCUAGUCUCAUUGAUGUCCUCAAGACAUUAUACCCCGGCAUAGAAGAACCUCCGGAGGGAUGGUCGGAUCACUUGAUUAUGUCUAUACUUACUGAGAUUAUUGACCGUCCUCCUCGGCGAGAGAAACUUGCAGCAUAUAACACAUUUGAAGAUGCUGUAGAGCUUUUCAGAACGCGGAAACGUAUUCUGAUGUUAACAGGCGCUGGUGUAUCUGUAUCUUGUGGAAUACCAGAUUUUCGUAGUAAAGACGGUAUAUAUGCUCGUUUACAUGUUGAGUUUCCUGAGCUGCCUGAUCCAACUUCUAUGUUCGACAUCCGUUAUUUCAUACAUGAUCCAGCCCCAUUUUACGAUUUUGCCAUGGAGAUCUUCCCUGGACAGUUUGAACCAUCAAUCUCUCACAAGUUUAUUCGACAAUUAGAAGUGAACAACCAACUACUGAGAAACUAUACGCAAAAUAUUGAUACACUCGAGAAGGAAGCACAUAUAGAGAGGGUAGUGGAAUGCCACGGUAAGGAUUCCUCCUGCAAUAUCUUCUUCAUUGUUUCUGCUCCUCUAUUCGUUAAAUUUUCGUGA